UGGUCCGGGGGCGUGGCGGGUGCCGGCGGCGGGCCAUGGCGCUGGCGGCGCUGGCGGCGGUGCUGGCGCUGGUGCUGCUGCAGCGGCUGCUGCGCCCGCACCUCUGGGCCGACCUGGCGUUCGCGGCGCGGGCGGCGCGGUGCCGGCGGCGGGCGGGCGGCGGCGCGGGCAGCCUGGCGGCGCGGUUCCUGCGGGCGGCGCGGGAGGCCCCGGGCCGGCCCUUCCUGCGAGCGGCGGCGGGCGCGGAGCCCUACGGGGGGGCGGCGCGGCGGGUGGCGCGGGUAGCCAACGCGCUGCGGGGGCGGCCCCUGGCGGGGGGCGCGCUGGGGCCGGGGACCACCGUGGGGCUGCUGGUGGGCAACGAGCCGCGCUUCGUCUGGGGGUGGCUGGGGCUGGCGGCGCUGGGGGCCCGGCCGGCCUUCCUGGGCACGGCGCUGCGCCCCGCCGCCCUCCGGCACUGCCUGCGCGCCUGCGGGGCGCGGGCGCUGCUGGUGGCGGACGACCUGUUUGCGGCGGUGGAGCCCAUCCUGCCCAGCCUGCAGGAGGAUGACAUUGUGGUGUGGGUGCUGGGCGCGGGGCCGUACCCCCCCGGCGUCGUGGCCUUGCAGGAGCUGCUGGACGCAGCCUCGGACGAGCUGGAGCCCGAGGACGUCUGGCAGCCCGAGGACAUGAACGACACCUGCCUCUACAUCUUCACCUCCGGCACCACCGGUCUCCCCAAAGCCGCCCGCGUCUCCCACCUCAAGUCCAUCAUGUGCCUGAGCUUCUACGAGCUGGUGGGAGCCUCCAGCCGGGACGUGGUGUACCUGGCGCUGCCGCUCUACCACAUGGCCGGGUCCCUCCUGGGCAUCGUCGGCUGCAUCGGCAUCGGAGCCACUUGUGUGCUGAAGGAGAAGUUCUCAGCCAGCCAGUUCUGGGAUGACUGUCGUGCCGAGGGUGUCACUGUCUUCCAGUACAUCGGGGAGCUCUGCCGCUACCUGGUCAACCAGCCCCAGCGCCCUGGGGAGCGGGAGCACGGGCUGCGGCUGGCGGUGGGGAGUGGGCUGCGCCCCGACGUCUGGCGGAGCUUCCUCCAGCGCUUCGGCGCCAUCCGCAUCGUGGAGACCUACGGCAUGACCGAGGGCAACGUCACCCUCUUCAACUACACCGGCACCCCGGGCGCCGUGGGCCGCAGCAGCUUCAUCUACAAGCUCUUCUCGCCCUUCGAGAUCGUGCGCUACGACGUGACGGAGGGAGCACCAGUGCGGGACGCGGCCGGGCGCUGCAUCCGUGUAGGGACAGGCGAGACGGGGCUGCUGAUCGCCCCGGUGACCCCCCGGACCCCCUUCCUGGGCUACGCCGGCAGCCGGGAGCUGUCGGAGCAGAAGCUGCUGCGGGGGGUGUUCGCCGAGGGUGACACCUACUUCAGCACCGGCGACCUGAUGGAGCAGGAUGCGGCUCAGUUUGUCCGCUUCCGUGACCGCACCGGGGACACAUACAGGUGGAAAGGUGAGAACGUGGCCACCACGGAGGUGGCCGAAGCCUUGGUGGCCCACGAGUCCCUGCAAGAAGCCACCGUCUACGGCGUCACUGUGCCAGGCCACGAGGGUCGCGCUGGGAUGGCGGCGCUGGUGCUGCGCCCCGGCUGCCGGCUGGACGGGCCUGCGCUCUACCGGCACGUGGAGCAGCUGCUGCCGCCCUACGCUUGGCCCCGCUUCCUCCGGCUGCAGGAGCGCCUGGCGAUGACUGAGACCUUCAAGCAGCAGAAGGUGCGGCUGGCGCAGGAAGGCUUCGACCCGGCUCGUGUCCCCGACCCCCUCUUCCUGCUGGAUGAGACCACCAAAGCCUACGUGCCCCUUGGCCCCGCACUCUGGGAGGGGGUCCUGGAGGGGCGCCUCCGCAUUUAGACCCCACCUGGGUGCCCUGCACCUAUGGGUGUCCUGGGACCGGGUGCCCAAAGCACCCCAGGUCUGUCCCACCAGCACCAGCUGCCACGCGGGCUCCCUCAUGUCCAUCUGGCAGGUCUCCACCUCCAUCCCGUCGUCCCUGGGUACCCCACAUCCGUCCAGCUGUCCCCAGGUCUGUCCGGCCAUCCCCUGGUCCCCACAUCCAUCCUGCAGGUCCCCAGGUCUAUCCCACUGUCCCCAUGUUCACCCUACAGUCCCCAGGUCCACUCUGCUGUCCCCAGCUCCCCACAUCCCUCCCAGGGGUCCCCACAUCUGUCCUGCCAUCCUGCUGUCCCUAGGCACUCCACAUCCAUCCUGGGGGUCCCUACGUCCAUCCUGGGGGUCCCCCCAUCUGUCCUGCAGGUCCCCACAUCCAUCCUGCCAUCCCCAGGCAUCCCACAUCCAUCCUAGGCGUCCCCAUGUCUGUCUGUCCCCAUGUCCCUCCCGGGGAUCCCCACAUCCGUCCUGCCAUCCUGCUGUCCCUAGGCACUCCACGUCCAUCCUGGGGGUCCCCACAUCCGUCCUGCAGCUCCCUACAUCCAUCCUGGCGUCCCCAGGCACCCCACAUCCAUCCUGGGGGUCCCCAUCUCUGUCCUGCGGGUCACUGUGUCCGUCCCACUGUCCCUGCGUGCAUCCUGUCCCCCCUGUCCCCACCUGUGGGUCACCUGCCCCAGCCACCAGUGCCUUCCCCCCAGGCCAGAGUCCCCCUCUUUAUAUGAACAAACUUUUUCGGGUUUUUUUUUUUUCUCUUUUUGGGCAAAUAAACUUUUGUAGCAAGUCUCA